AUGCCAAAUCCGGAUCGACUGCUCGCUGACGGACUUGAGUGGGAAUGCCCGCCUGUCAUCGUCUUCAUUGACGACGUCUCCGGGAACAGUACGAAGCAGUGGAACGUUCACUAUUCAUGCUACCUGUCGAAUGGCGGACUUCCUCGUGAGAUGCUGGACCAGGAUUGCCACAUCCGUUUCGUGGCGACAUCUCCUCAUGCAUCCCCAAUGGAGAUAAUUGAAGGUAUUUGCUCUGAGCUCCGGGAAAUCUGCAAUGGCGAGCCAAUCAAAGCCUGGGACUCGGUUAAAGGAUGUCAUGUCCUUGUGCGUCCAUGGCUGAUGUUGCUUCCCGGUGACAACCCCAUGCAGGCAGAGCUCUGCAGCCACAUUGGGCUUGGAGGAAAUUUCUUCUGUCGUUGCUGCCAUGCUGGCGGAACCAAAGAGUUUAGGGAGUCAGACGAGGGCUUCAAAACACUCAUGGAGCCAGGAAUCGCUCGCACGGUCAAUGAAACCCGAGAUGCAAUCCUUCAACAUUUGAUCAUGGCGACUCACGCUGCUGCGGACAAGCGGCUAAAAGACGCAAUCUCGACGUCAGGAGUGAAGGAUUCUUUUGCGAUGCCUAUCAUCAACCGGCUUGUGGCAAUUGGCAAGGCUCUUCGCCGUUCAACACCAACACGGAAAGCAGUCAGCCCGGAAGAAGUCAACAAACAUCUGACAGAAGAGCUUCUGAAGAAAAAAGAUACGACAACCAUGAACCCUUUGCUCCGUAUGGAAGGUUUCGACGUCCACAAGGACACACCAGUUGAACCGCUUCACACGGUGAUACUGGGAAUAAUCAAAUAUUUCUGGGGCCAGACCGUCUGGAUUCUCGAGAAACAGGGAAAGUUUGCCGAGUUCCGCGCCAAGCUGAGCUCUCUCGGGCGGUCAGGCUUGAGAAUCCCAAACAUCAUGGCUGACUAUCUAUGCCGUUAUCGCAGUAGUUUGAUCGGAAAGCACUUCAAGACCCUCAGCCAAAUUAUGGCAUUUGCGGUCUGUGGACUGGUCGACCAGGAUCUUCAGGAUACAUGGUUCGCACUUGGUCGCUUGACGGUUCUCAUCUGGGAGACAGAGAUCACAAACAUGUCGGCCUACGUGAAAGACCUGCGUGAUGCAAUACGCGAUGUCAUGGACUUUGCCGCGAAACAAUCCCCAUCGCUGAUAACUCUGAAGAACAAGUUCCACAUACUCUCACACCUGCCCGAUCACAUCGAACGUUUCGGCCCCGCGCUGUUGUUCUCUACAGAGCGCUAUGAGUCGUUCAAUCGAAUAUUCCGGCUGUGUUCUAUCCACAGCAAUCGCCAGGCACCUAGCCGCGACAUCGCUAUGGCAUUUGCAAACCAAGAUCGCUGCCGGCACAUGAUCACCGGUGGUUACUGGCUAGACAAGAUGUCAAAGCAGUGGGUCCGUGCUGGUGCAGCUGUCACAGAGCACUUCAAAACGGACCGACACGACGCACACCUUCUUGGCGUAGACAUCCCCGAACCUCCUGAGCCAGGGCGGAUGACGUUUCCUGCGCAGCCGCGCGGCCCACGCAUACGCACAGAUUCUAAGCAAGACUCGGACCGCGUACUAGAUUGGACGGACACAGAGGCUGGUCGACUCGGUCUGACCGCACCACAUGGCGAUUAUCAUUGGCAAAGUGCUGUUUCGGUGGUUGCUACUGAAGGAGACGUUGUAGGCGUGGGGAAUGAAGUCCUCGUUCGUCAAGAAGGGGGGCAAUACUCACCCUUAGGAUUCGCUUCCGUCGUCGAGAUCUUAUUUGGAACCCCGAGUAACACUUCAGAUCACUCGUCAAGAUCACUCCGAGUUGUUGUGGUCCAAAUGUCCCAGCUUGACGAUGCUCCUCACCAGAAACUACGCAUGCCUACUCUUCACAGAACUGGUGAUGUCCGGCUAUAUCCAGCACAGGACAUAGUCUGUGCUGUGAAUAUCCAGCACGAUUGCAGCAAACAUGGCUGCUCGGAAACGGGCACGGAGUCAAUCCGACAAGAGCGCGAAGAGACGACCCGCACUCGUGCCAUCACUAAACAUCAUGACAGUACUGAUUAUGUUGUCAACGUACUCGCACUGCACAAUCAGCGACUCCUGCGAGAAGCGUUGCCAGAACCGCUGCGGGUCAAACCCGUCUUCUUCACAGACCGUGCUCAAUUGCAUAAGGACGCUGCGGUGUCCUUGCGCGACCAGAAACUACAGAAGAAACUCACAAAAGAUGCCGCAAUCCUUUGCACAAUGUGUCGACUGUGCCAGAGCCUCCUGUACAUGGGAAUGGUCGCGGGCGCGGGAGUGCUCGUGCUCGUGGGCGUGGGCGUGGGGGCGGGCGCGGGCACCGAUCAGAACAUGGGCGUGGAAAUGGGCAUGGACAUGGACGUACUGGGAAUGACGAGCACGCCAGCUCUGAACCGCCUCAACUACCGCAGGGACCACUUCCCGUGA